UCCUGUUUGUGGCUUAUCACCUCUCGUUUAUUCUGUGUGAGUAGGUAGAAAAUGAGCAUCACGGACGUGCUCAGUGCUGAUGACAUUGCAGCAGCGCUCCAGGAAUGCCAAGACCCAGACACUUUUGAACCCCAAAAAUUCUUCCAGACGUCAGGCCUCUCCAAGAUGUCAGCCAGUCAGGUGAAGGAUGUUUUCCGGUUCAUAGACAACGACCAGAGCGGGUAUCUGGAUGAAGAAGAGCUUAAGUUUUUCCUCCAGAAGUUUGAGAGUGGUGCCAGAGAACUGACCGAGUCAGAAACCAAGUCCUUGAUGGCUGCGGCGGAUAAUGAUGGAGAUGGGAAAAUUGGAGCAGAGGAAUUCCAGGAAAUGGUGCAUUCUUAAAAGCCCCAGUCUCUGGAGAAAAGAGAGAAAGGGAUAAUCACCUGGAAGGAUUCCAAAGCCCUGGGAAUGGGGAACCCCACAUCCCAUCCCUACCUAAUUUGUUAAUUUUCCCUGAAAACCUUCUGCAGUUUGCUGAUUGUUUUAGUGAGGUCACAGAGAGAGUCACUCAUGACUUUCUUGGUGGUGGGUAUAUGCCCUGACAACUUCUGUAAGCCCCCCUUCCCCCAACAGGCAAUGCCUCUAAAAAUCACCCAAUAAAGACAGGCUUCUCA